UCGGCAGCAGGAAAUAGAAGAAAAACUCAUUGAGGAAGAAACAGCACGAAGAGUGGAAGAAUUGGUAGCAAAGAGGGUAGAAGAAGAAUUGGAGAAAAGGAAGGAUGAAAUUGAGCGAGAAGUCCUCCGAAGGGUGGAAGAAGCCAAACGCAUCAUGGAAAAGCAGUUGCUCGAAGAACUCGAGCGACAGAGACAAGCUGAGCUUGCAGCACAAAAAGCUAGAGAGGAGGAAGAGCGAGCAAAGCGUGAGGAACUGGAGCGGAUAUUAGAAGAAAAUAACCGGAAAAUCGCAGAAGCACAGGCCAAACUGGCCGAAGAACAAUUGAGAAUUGUUGAAGAACAAAGAAAGAUUCAUGAGGAAAGGAUGAAACUAGAACAAGAACGACAACGCCAACAAAAAGAAGAGCAAAAAAUUAUCCUGGGCAAGGGGAAGUCCAGGCCAAAACUGUCCUUCUCAUUAAAAACCCAGGAUUGAAUGGCAGACUCUGAACUUUUUACAAAGAAAAAUGAAAAAACUUCGUAUUGUAGCUUCAUGUUGAAGUGGUUUUUUUGUUUUUGUUUGUUUUGUUUUUUUUUUUUUUAAUUUGGAAAGUCUGGAAAGUUAGCUUGUUCUAAUAGGGGCUAUGCUCUGCAAUCCCUUUAUUUUUCCCUCUUUUCCUCCCAUUACGUCAAAUCCUUAUCAGAUCAUUGCUGUCUUCUAGAAGUGGUGUAUUUUUCACCUGUUGGGAUUCUGUAUUGGUUGAUGGUCUGCUGAAGAGCAGGUCACUUGAUGAAUAGCUUGGUCUGGUAAGGUGUUCACUGACCACUGACUUUGGGGUUAUACUCUGUUUACUACGUCAUAAUGCUGGUUUUGCUGACUUUUUGUUUUUUUAUACAUUUAUAAAAAAAGAAAAAGUUGGUAAUUGCAUUGCAAAAUUCCCAGGGUUUUGCUGGACCUGUGUGGUGUUGUUACAGCAGUGUCCUUGUGAUACUGUGGCUCUUGGUGUUCCUGAUAACAGGUAAGGAUAACAGUUUGUCACCUGCUACAGAAGUACCCACAGUGCAGUAUGGUCUCUGUCGGACUUUUGUUUCUUUCAUUGACAAAAUCAAACCAGCAUUCCCCACUGUAAAUAAAUGAUUUUGCUGAAUAAAGUGAAGUCUUAAAUUCA